AUGGAGCAGAAUAUUCUGCUCAUAUCUGGCCAAUAUGAACUUCAUCUGGUGUAUCAACUCAAAUCUACCCUGAAGAAGAGACAUGAAUGCAUAUUUGAGGGAAUAGCUAAACAAGGCCACUCAACACUUCUCAAUAAGAUCUACACAGAGCUCUACAUCACAGAGGGUGGAAGCGGAGAUGUCAAUAACGAACAUGAGGUGAGACAGAUUGAAACAGCUUCCAGGAAAUCAGCAGCACAAGGGACAAAAAUCAAAUGUAACGACAUCUUUAAACCCUCACCUGGACAAGACAAACCUAUCAAAACUGUGCUGACAAAGGGAGUUGCUGGCAUUGGAAAAACUGUCUCUGUGCAGAAGUUCAUUCUGGACUGGUCUGAAGGAAAAGCUAAUCAGGAUGUCCAAUUCAUAUUUCCACUUCCUUUUCGGGAGCUGAAUUUGAUGAAAAAUAAAAAAAUCUGUUUGAAUGAACUUAUAGAUCACUAUUUCAUUGAGAUUAGAGAAUCUGGAAUCUCCAACUUUGACAGCUACAAAGUUAUGUUUGUUCUUGAUGGUCUGGAUGAGUUUCGACUUCCUCUAGACUUCAAGAACAACAAGAGCUGCUGUGAUGUCACAGAGUCAACCUCCGUGGAUGUGCUGCUAACAAACCUUAUCAAGGGGAAUCUGCUCCCCUCUGCUCUUGUCUGGAUAACAUCCCGACCAGCAGCAGCCAAUCAGAUUCCUCCAGAGUGUGUUGACCAGGUGACAGAGGUACAAGGUUUCAACGACCCACAGAAGGAGGAGUACUUCAAGAAUAGAAUCAGUGAUGAGAACCUGGCCUGCAGAAUCAUCACACACAUUAAGUCAUCAAGGAGCCUCCACAUCAUGUGCCACAUACCAGUCUUCAGUUGGAUUACGGCCACUGUUCUAGAGAGACUGUUGUGUCAGGCAGAGAGUGGGGAGAUGCCCAGGAAUCAGACUCAAAUGUACACACACUUCCUGGUAUUUCAGACCAAACAAGGGAUUCAGAAGUAUCUUGAAGACCAUGACCGAGAUCCACACUGGGAUAAAACGAUAAUUCUCUCUCUGGGAAAACUGGCCCUCAAACAACUGGAAAAAGGCAAUCUGAUCUUCUAUGAGGAAGACCUAAGGGAGUGUGGCAUUGAUGUCAGAGAAGCAUCCGUGUACUCAGGAGUGUGCACACAGAUCUUCAGAGAGGAGUGUGGGCUGUACCAGGAGAAUGUCUACUGCUUUGUGCAUCUGAGCAUCCAGGAGUUUCUUGCUGCGUUAUAUGUGUUUCUCACAUUCAACCAAAGCAGAGAGAAUCCACUGGUCAAAAAGAGAUCUUCAUUCAGGGACCAGGAAUCAUCGAUCGGACACAAAUCUACGAUCGACUUCUACAACAGUGCAGUAGAUAUAGCUUUACAGAGCGAGAAUGGACACCUGGAUCUGUUCCUCCGCUUUCUUCUGGGCCUUUCACUUGAGUCCAAUCAGACUCUCCUACGAGGCCUACUGUCACAAACAGAGAGCAGCUCACUGACAAAUGUGGAAACAGUCAAAUACAUCAACGAGAAGAUAAGGGAGAAUCCCUCACCAGAGAAAUGCAUCAAUCUGUUCCAUUGUCUGAAUGAGCUGAAUGACCACUAUCUAGUGUGGGAGAUGCAAAGCUACUUGAACUCAGGAAGUCUCUCAGAAGCCAAAUUGUCACUUACAGAGUGGUCAACUCUGGCCUUUGUGUUGCUGACUUCAGAAGAGGAGCUGGAUGUUCUUGACCUAAAUAGAUUCUCCAGAACAGAGGAAGGUCUUCUAAGGCUGCUGCCAGUGGUCAAAGCCUCCAGAACAGCUCUGUUGAAUAGAUGUAAACUCACAGAGAGAUGCUGUAAAGAGUUGGCAUCAGCUCUCAGCUCAAACUCCUCACAACUGAGACAACUGGACCUGAGUGACAAUGACCUGGAAGAUUCGGGAGUGGGGCUGCUGUAUGCCGGACUCGGCAAUCCGCAGUGUAAACUGGAAACACUGAGGUUGAAUAGCUGUCAACUCACAGAAAGCUGUUGUGAACAGUUGGCCUCAGUUCUCAUCUCAAACUCAAACCUGAGAGAACUGGAUCUGAGUGACAAUGACCUGCAGGAUUCAGGAGUGAAGCUGCUCUCUGCCGGACUGGGCAGUCCAACCUGUAAACUACAGACACUGAGGUUGAAUAGAUGUAAACUCACAGAAAGAUGUUGUGAACAGUUGGCCUCAGUUCUCAUCUCAAACUCAAACCUGAGAGAACUGGAUCUGAGUGACAAUGACCUGCAGGAUUCAGGAGUGGAGCUGCUGUCUGCUGGACUGGGGAGUCUGCAAUGUAAACUGGAGACACUGAGCUCAAACUCAUCACACCUGAGAGAACUGGACCUGAGUUACAGUCAGCCAGAAGAUCUAGGAGAUCCAGGAGAUCUAGGAGAUCCAGGAGAUCUAGGAGACCCAGGAGAUCUAGGAGACCCAGGAGUAGAGCUGCUCACUGCUGCCCUGGAGGAUCCUCAAUAUCAUCCCGAAACAGUCAGUAUAAACGGUGAAGAGUUUUUGCUGUUUCAGAGAUCCUCAGUAGUUGCAUGUGAGCUAACACUGGACCCGAACACAACAUACAGACAUCUCUCUCUGUCUGAGGACAACAGAAAGGUGACAUGGGAGAUAGAAGAGCAGCUGUAUCCUGAUCACCCAGACAGAUUUAUGGACUGGACACAGGUGCUUUGUAGAGAAGGUCUGACUGGGCGCUGCUACUGGGAGGCAGAGUGGAGCGGGGAUGUGGUUGAUAUAGCAGUAACGUAUAAAGAAAUCAGCAGGAAAGGAGCGGGGAAAGACUGUGGGUUUGGAUUUAAUGACAAGUCCUGGAGAAUGUUGUGCUCUGAUCAGAAGUACACUGCCUUGUACAAUAACAAGUGUACUUUCAUACCGGUCCCCUGCUCCAACAGAGUAGGAGUGUAUCUGGACUGGUCGGCUGGCACUCUGUCCUUCUACAGCAUCUCCUCAGACACAGCAACUCUACUGCACACGUUCCAAGCCAAAUUCACUAAGCCUCUUUACCCAGGGUUUAGGCUUUGGGUUGGUUCUUCAGUGACCCUGUGCCAUGUAGACACCAAAGCCAUCAAAGAAACACAGUCAUAAGUUUGUUGUGAUAAUUGUGACGGCCACACAUUUGAUGUGUUCAGUGAAACAUAAUACAAAUGAAUGGGAAAAAAUAUCAGAAUUUGGCUGCCUAACUAAACGCAGCCAUUGAGCUGCACGUUAAAAAUCUGUUUACUCAUGCAGUUUAAAAUUCACUUUGCAUAACACACCAAGCUUUAAAA